UCAAAAUUAUCAUUGCAGCCACACAGAAAUAUUUUAAUUAUUAUACUUUCUCGAGUUUUGUUGUUCUUCACUCUAUCAUCCAUCAGUUUCUCCAAAUCAGUCUUUAUCACUCGCCUGCCUUUUCUGCUACAACAUGAACCACUUCUGUACAAUUCAAGGUUGUGUACCCAUAAUGGAAUUUGGAUUUUUAAGACAUUGUCUUGAGCAAAAUCUCACUUUUUCAUGGAACUUGAAGGCAUCCAGUUCGGCCACAAUUUCACAUCUCCAGAGACUUCCUUUAUCUAUGGUAGUAGCUUCUACUCGAAAUCAUUACUACAAGAACAGUUUGCUCUUGAAGAGAUUUUUAGUACGUGUCGGCAGCACUGAGGAGGAACACUCAUUGUCAGAAGAUUCACUCAAUGACUCUGUUUCUAGACCUCUCACUAGUGAAGAGUUGAAGUCAUUGCUCAUCGAUAACCAGAGAUCGAAGCUUGUUAAGAAGUUGAGUGAAGCUAAUCAACAUAACCGCUUCCUCAAGCGUCAGCUUAAAACACAGGAGGAGGAGAUAACUAACAUCAAAAGUGAGCUUGCAAUCAUGGAGCUCGAAGUUCAGGCUCUGGUCAACUUGGCAGAAGAAAUAGCAAAUCUUGGUAUUCCACAAGGUUCUAGAAAGAUUAGUGGAAAGUACAUUCAAUCACACCUUCUCACUCGCUUAGACGCUGUUCAUAAUAAGCUGAAGGAACAAAUAAAAGACGUGGAAGCUGCACAAUCGAAGGAAGUUAAUGUCUUCUGGAUUGGUAUGGCAGAGAGUGUACAAGUAAUGGGAUCUUUUGACGGAUGGAGCCAACCUGAGGAUCUAUCGCCCGAGUACACCGCUUCGUUCACUAAAUUCUCCACCACAUUAGUCCUUCGUCCUGGGCGGUAUGAGAUGAAGUUCUUAGUGGAUGGAGAAUGGCAGAUCUCACGUGAGUUUCCUACUUCCGGAGAAGGAAUGUUGGAGAACAAUGUUCUAGUCGUGGAAUAGCCUGUAGUGGUGGGUGAUCUUUCUGCAUCACACAUUUUGGUAAUACUACCUUUAAACAUCAUAACCCAUCUGUUUUCAGACGGGUUGUAAAUGAAGAUGGAGCUGAUGCUGAGUGGUCAUGGUGAAGCAUGAAAUAGCUAGCUGCCACUCAGUUUUAAUGUAAUGCAUAUGUCAUAGAAUAAUAGUUCUUUACGUCACUCAACUGGAGUUGUAAACGUUUUUACUUUAUUGCUUUCAGUUCAUAUACAAGACGGAUCUAGUUAGGCAUCA